ACUUCCCCACAAAAAAGCUCUCCUUUCUCUCAAUUAUUAAAUCCCCAUUCAGAAAAUCGAAAAACUCCCUCAUUCAGAUCUCCAAAGAAAAUACAGAGAAACAAAUCUAAACAUGGCGGUGGCACCGACGGCGCGUGAGGAGAACGUGUAUAUGGCAAAGCUUGCAGAGCAAGCUGAGAGGUACGAAGAAAUGGUUGAAUUCAUGGAGAAGGUCUCCAACUCCCUGGGCUCAGAAGAACUCACCGUGGAAGAACGAAACCUCCUCUCCGUGGCGUAUAAGAACGUGAUCGGAGCGCGUAGGGCAUCGUGGCGUAUUAUCUCAUCGAUUGAGCAAAAGGAAGAGUCCAGAGGGAACGAGGAACACGUGAACUCUAUCCGCGAGUACAGAUCUAAGAUUGAGAAUGAGCUCUCUAAGAUCUGUGAUGGCAUUCUGAAAUUGCUCGAUGCAAAGCUUAUCCCUUCUGCAGCAUCUGGUGAUUCUAAGGUGUUUUACCUGAAAAUGAAAGGAGAUUACCACCGCUAUUUGGCUGAGUUCAAGACCGGUGCUGAACGUAAGGAGGCUGCUGAGAGCACUCUCACUGCCUACAAAGCUGCUCAGGACAUUGCUACUACUGAACUUGCCCCAACACAUCCCAUCCGACUUGGACUGGCUCUUAACUUCUCUGUGUUUUACUAUGAGAUCUUGAACUCUCCUGACCGCGCUUGCAAUCUUGCUAAACAGGCCUUUGAUGAAGCAAUUGCUGAGUUGGAUACAUUGGGCGAGGAGUCUUACAAGGAUAGCACUUUGAUCAUGCAACUUCUUCGUGACAAUCUCACUCUCUGGACAUCUGAUAUGCAGGAUGAUGGGGCUGAUGAAAUCAAGGAAGAUCCCAAACCUGAUGAAUCCAAAAAUUGAAGGAAUUGAAACUCUCUAAUUUGCUUUUCACUUCUUCCUGGUUGUUUUUAUUGGAAGAAGCUGAUUAUCGUUAUUUCCUUACUAUUAUGGUUUUCAACUAGGGGGUUGUCUUCUUAUUGGAAAUGAACAACUUUAAUAUUGAUGUUUCAGAAGUUCCAUCUUUAAUUUAAUGUGGUUUUCUGGUGGUUAGUUUUCUUCUAAAGCGUUUGACUUGUUAUUGUGCACUGGAUAUAUCAAAUACAUCUGAAGUGAAA